AAACAGAAAAAAGAAAGACAUAAAACAAAAAACAAUGGAGAGCCACCAUCACCAGGACGAAGCUGGAGACGAGGACCGACAUCGAGGCGGAGAUGAUAGCAAUUACCAUGUACCCAACUAUCCAACCGAGACACCGAUUGCUUACCAUGCUGUCAUCUCAUUCUUCAGAUUCGUACUGGCCAUCUUCUUCUCCAGGAUCGUGAUCGAGAAUCCGGACAGGAUACCUGGUAAUGGGCGGCCGACGAUCGUGUUGGUGAACCAUUCGAACUCACUGACGGAUGCGCUGAUCAUCAUGGCAUCAGUCCCGCGCCAUGCACGAAGGAUGCUCAGGAUGACAGCUAAGGCGACCCACUUCAGGAAACCGACGUUCUCAUCCUGGUUGAUCGAGAAGGCAGGCUCGGUACCACUACAACGAGCACAGGAUUAUCAGCCGGAGACCCGAAUCGAUAACUCGGUGACGAGGGAAUUACUGAUGAAUGCGCUCUGUCAACAGGGGGAUGCUAUCUGCAUCUUCCCAGAGGGCAUCUCCCGUUAUCAUCCCGCAUUGGCCCCUUUUAAGACCGGCGCGGCUAGGAUCGCUUCUGACGUACUCUGCCAAUUCAAGAACCAAGAAAAGUUUGAAAUCAACCUACUCCCAUGCUCAAUCACCUACCUACAUCGUCAAAACUUCCGCUCGGAUGUCCUCGUCUCCUUCCACGAUCCCAUCGUCCUCCGAUCCUCCGACCCAACUAAUGCCGAGCUGGUCGCCUCCGACCCGGAGUGCCGUAAACAGGGCAUUGCCAAACUCACCGCCACGCUCACUGAGAAAAUUCGGGCGGGCACACUAGACUCGCCAUCAUGGGAUCUCAUCAAGGCUGCCAAUAUGGCACGAACACUCUAUGCACCCUUUGGCACUCAACUCAGUCUAGGCACCCACAUCCGUCUCACCCAACGCUUCGUCGACGUCUUUGCCGGCAGAACACCCUCUCCCUCCUCCACACCCUCCCCAACCUCGCCUCAACUUUCCCCUUCAAACCAUACGGAACUCGUCAAAGACUUACUCGACUAUCAACAAAUGCUGUUCCAUUUGGGCCUCAAAGACGCCAGACUCGCUAAUAAUCGUCUUGUCAGUCGUAGAGUCAUCCUCACUCGUCUUGCAUUCAGAGUCUCUGCCGCCGCCUUCUUCCUCUCUAUUUGUGCUCCUGGACUCUGCUUUUGGAUUCCUACUUUCAUCGUCACUGGAUACUUUGCCCAUCGCCAAAGACUUAAAGGACCUGCCUGGGAUACCUAUGAUGAAGUUACUCAAACCAAGAUGUUGUGGGGAUUAGCGAGUGGUUUGGCGACCUACGGCUGUGUACUAUUAGUCUGUCUCCCGAUAUUUCCUCUCGUCUUAAUUGUCUUUCCGAUCUGGAUGUGGUUCACUUUAAGAUGGCUUGAAGAUCUCGUUGCUACUUUGAGAGCGACAAGAUCGUUAGUGAAGAUGUUGAUGAUCAGUAAAGAUGAGUUAAAAUCGAUUCGAGCCCAUCGAGCUAGAUUAGAGAAAGAAGUUACUAAACUGGCGGUCGAUCGAUGUAUGCUACCUGGAUCGAAUGAGGAUGUGCUUAAAGAUGACCAACAACAAGAGAUCGUGAUCAAGAAUGGCAGGGUGACAAACUCUAGAUUCGAUUACUUCUCAAUUCGUAGACGUAGAAAGAAGGAUUAUAAUGAAGUCUUGAGGCUUUGGGACUUGGUCGAUAUGUAG